AUCUUUGUGAAAAAUACCUGAAGGAGGAGCUGGUGUGGGAAUUAGUUAAUUUCUGCGGCACAUUAAAAGUGAAAAAUAGUUAAAUAAAAAUGAUUUCUGCUCGCUUGGCGUCGUCGGUCGCUCGCAACUUGCCCAAGGCGGCCUCACAGGUUGCCUGCAAGGCUGCGUACCCAGCUGCCACUCUUGCUGCCCGCAAGUUCCAUGUUGCCAGCACACAGCGCAGCGCCGAGAUCUCCAACAUCUUGGAGGAGCGCAUCUUGGGUGUUGCACCCAAGGCCGAUCUGGAGGAAACCGGUCGCGUGCUGAGCAUUGGUGAUGGUAUCGCUCGUGUCUAUGGCCUGAACAACAUCCAGGCCGAUGAGAUGGUGGAAUUCUCUUCCGGUCUCAAGGGUAUGGCCCUCAAUUUGGAGCCCGACAACGUUGGUGUCGUCGUGUUCGGUAACGACAAGCUCAUCAAGCAGGGUGAUAUUGUCAAGCGUACUGGCGCUAUUGUGGAUGUGCCCGUUGGUGAUGAGCUGCUCGGUCGCGUUGUCGACGCUCUGGGCAAUGCCAUCGAUGGUCGCGGUGCCAUCAACACCAAGGAUCGCUUCCGUGUCGGCAUCAAGGCUCCCGGUAUUAUUCCCCGUGUCUCUGUGCGCGAUCCCAUGCAGACUGGCAUCAAAGCCGUCGACUCUCUGGUGCCCAUCGGUCGUGGUCAGCGUGAGUUGAUCAUUGGUGACAGACAGACUGGCAAAACUGCUUUGGCUAUUGAUACCAUCAUCAACCAGAAGCGUUUCAACGAUGGACAGGAUGACACCAAGAAGCUGUACUGCAUCUACGUCGCCAUUGGCCAGAAGCGUUCCACUGUCGCCCAGAUUGUGAAGCGUCUGACUGACUCCGGUGCCAUGGAUUACUCCGUCAUUGUGUCUGCCACCGCCUCCGAUGCCGCUCCCCUGCAGUACUUGGCCCCUUACUCUGGCUGCGCCAUGGGCGAGUACUUCCGCGACAAGGGCAAGCACGCCCUGAUCAUCUAUGAUGAUUUGUCCAAGCAGGCUGUGGCCUACCGUCAGAUGUCCUUGCUGCUGCGUCGUCCCCCAGGUCGCGAGGCCUACCCUGGUGAUGUGUUCUAUCUGCAUUCGCGUCUGCUGGAGCGUGCCGCCAAGAUGUCACCCGCCAUGGGCGGUGGCUCUCUGACUGCUCUGCCCGUGAUCGAGACCCAGGCCGGCGAUGUGUCCGCCUACAUUCCAACCAACGUCAUCUCGAUCACCGAUGGCCAGAUCUUCUUGGAGACUGAGCUCUUCUACAAGGGUAUCCGUCCCGCCAUUAACGUCGGUCUGUCUGUCUCCCGUGUCGGCUCAGCCGCCCAGACCAAGGCCAUGAAGCAAGUGGCCGGCUCCAUGAAGCUGGAGUUGGCUCAGUACCGUGAGGUCGCUGCCUUCGCCCAGUUCGGCUCCGAUCUGGAUGCUGCCACCCAGCAGCUGUUGAACCGUGGUGUGCGUCUGACCGAGCUGCUCAAGCAGGGACAGUAUGUGCCCAUGUCCAUUGAAGAUCAGGUUGCUGUCAUCUACUGCGGUGUGCGCGGUCAUUUGGACAAGAUGGAUCCCGCCAAGAUCACCAAGUUCGAGAAGGAGUUCUUGCAGCACAUCAAGACCACCGAGCAGGGUCUGCUCGACACAAUUGCCAAGGAGGGCCAAAUCUCUCAGGCCUCUGAUGCUAAGCUGAAGGAUGUUGUCACCAAGUUCAUGGCCACCUUCCAGGGUUAGGAAGCGACUUCAAUCGCAUGCAGUUAUAUCCUAGAUAUCGAGCAGUUAAUACCAACAAUAAAUGCUAGUUGAUACAACAACAAUAACAAUAUCUGAAAUCAACAAACUACACACUUAAGAAUAAUACAAACAAAAAAAUUAUAAAACAAAAAAAAAAGCAAUUACUUAACGCAUUCAAUUUUUCAUUGAGCUGCAAGUCCAUGUCGCGUCCACCGGCCGGCCACAAAUCUUGGGAGAGAGAGAGCAGCGCGCUGGGCGCCAUUGGAAUUGCAGCCGGAUUGUCCAGCCGAUCACGGGACAACAUUUCGAAUUUUCAGCAUUAAUCGUUAAAUCCGUUAAGGAAAAAGCAGAAAGUCAUGUAGUUAUUCUCCUAACUCUUAAUUAAUAGUCAAUAUUUAAAAUAUUGUAAUCGAGAAAUGUCGAAAUACUGUGUUUGUGGAUGAGAUUUGUGAAACGAUGAAAAUAAAAACAUACGAUACUAAAUUA